GUGGCGACAGAUGUUUUCAGCUCCAAAUAUCUGGCUGUCCAAGCCCAGAAGAAGAUUCUUGGCAAGAUGGCGUCAUCAAAAUACAUCGCAACAUCCUUGAUUGAUGACACCAGUGGGGAAGUGUUAGAUGAGCUAUAUCAAGUCACCAAAGAAUUCACACAAAGCAAGAAAGAUGCUGAGAAGAUCAUCAAGAACCUCAUCAAGACAGUGAUAAAGCUGGCUGUCCUUUACAGAAAUAACCAAUUCAACCAAGAUGAGAUUGCACUGAUGGAGAAAUUCAAGAGGAAAGUCCACCAGUUGGCCAUGACUGUGGUCAGUUUUCACCAAGUUGAUUACACAUUUGACCGAAAUGUGUUGUCAAAAUUGUUGAAUGAAUGUCGUGACCUUCUUCAUCAGGUCAUCCAACGCCAUCUCACAGCAAAGUCUCAUGGACGUAUUAAUAACGUGUUUGACCACUUCUCAAAUUGUGAGUUUUUAGCUGCUCUGUACAAUCCAUUUGGACCUUACAAACCCCAUCUUCAGAGACUAUGUGAUGGUGUGAACAAAAAAUGUUGGAUGAGGACAAUAUUU